UGUAGUUCUCAGCUGCGGUUUGAUAGUUGUCAGGAGGAUUCGACGUUCAGUGCCCGAGGGAUGUGGAGGUGAUGGGGCGCCGGGAGGGGUUCUUGGAGUCUCUGCAGAGUACCUGAGCCAGAGCCCAUGGUGAAGGCUACAGGAUCUUCCCUCUGACCCCAGCAGCUCCUGUUGAAUCCACAGACUCCACCAGACUCCUGGGAAGAGCGGAGUUGUCAGCAAGAGAGCCCCAGGGCUGAGGUCCAGCGGGAGCAUGCCAGCUAACGGGGACUCUUCCCAGCCAGGGGGACAUGGCAACGCCUAUGAGGUACCAGUGUCAUUUGAGGAUGUGACUGUGGACUUCAGUAGGGAGGAGUGGCAGCAGCUGGACUCUACUCAAAGACGCCUGUACCACGAUGUCAUGCUAGAGAACUACAGCCACCUGCUCUCAGUGGGGUUUGAAGUUCCCAAACCAGAGGUCGUUUUCAAGUUGGAGCAAGGAGAGGAGCCAUGGGUGUUGGAGGGGGAAGCCCCACACCACAGUGGUUCAGAUGGGAAGUUUGGAAUUAAAACCUCACACAAAAGAAUUUCUGGAAAAGCUACAUUUCAUAGUGAUAUGGAGGGUGAUGAUACAAGAGAUGAUUCAUUUUAUUCCAUUUUAGAAGAACUGUGGCAAAAUGCUGAACAGAUAAAGAGAUGUCAGGAGAAACAAAGCAAAGCUUUGAGUCAUGGUUCUUUUAUCAAUAAGAAAAUAUUGAAUACAGAAUGGACUUAUGAACACAAAGACAUUGGAAAAUUUGUUCAUCCAAGCCCAAAACUCAUUCUUUCACAGAAACGACCCCAUAAACGUGGCUCAUUUGGGAGUUUUAAGCAUAAUUUGGAUUUACAUAUUCAUAAUAAAAACAAUGCAACGAAAAAUUUUGAUAAAACUAUUGAACAUGGUCAAGUUUUCACCCAGAGCUCUUCUUAUACUAACCAUGACAACACACAUACAGGAGUGAAGUUUUGUGGACGUAAUCAAUGUGGAAAAGCCCUCAGCUUCAAACACUCAGUUAGUCAACAUCGGAAAUUUCCUGUUGGAGAGAAAGCAAACACAUGUACUGAAUUUGGGAAGAUCUUCACUCAGAAGUCACACCUCUUUGCACCUCAGAGAAUUCAUGCUGUGGAAAAAGCUCAUGAACUUAGCAAAUGUGUAAAUGUUUUUACACAGAAACCACUACUAAGUAUAUAUCUGAGAGUUCAUAGGGAUGAAAAACUAUAUAUAUGUACUAAAUGUGGGAAGGCCUUCAUACAGAAUUCAGAAUUAAUUGUGCAUGAGCAAACUCAUACUAGAGAAAAACCCUAUAAAUGCAAUGAAUGUGGAAAAUCAUUUUUCCAGGUGUCGUCUCUACUCAGGCAUCAGACAACUCAUACUGGAGAAAAGCUCUAUGAAUGCAGUGAAUGUGGGAAAGGCUUCUCUCUGAACUCAGCCCUCAAUAUACAUCAGAAAAUUCAUACUGGAGAGAGACAUCACAAGUGUAGUGAGUGUGGGAAAGCCUUUACCCAAAAAUCAACACUCAGGAUGCAUCAGAGAAUUCAUACAGGAGAGAGAUCCUAUAUAUGUACUGAAUGUGGGCAGGCCUUCAUUCAGAAGGCACACUUGAUUGCACAUCAAAGAAUUCAUACUGGAGAGAAGCCUUAUGAAUGCAGCGACUGUGGAAAAUCUUUCCCUUCUAAGUCACAACUCCAGAUGCAUAAACGAAUUCACACAGGAGAGAAACCCUAUAUAUGCACUGAAUGUGGGAAGGCCUUUACCAACAGGUCAAAUCUCAAUACUCACCAGAAGUCUCAUACUGGAGAAAAGUCUUAUAUAUGUGCUGAAUGUGGGAAGGCCUUCACCGACAGAUCAAAUUUCAAUAAACACCAGACAAUUCAUACUGGAGAGAAACCCUAUGUUUGUGCUGAUUGUGGGAGGGCCUUCAUCCAGAAGUCAGAGUUAAUUACACAUCAGAGAAUUCACACUACAGAGAAGCCUUAUAAAUGUCCUGACUGUGAGAAAUCCUUCUCCAAGAAACCACAUCUCAAAGUACAUCAGCGAAUUCACACAGGGGAGAAGCCAUAUAUAUGUGCAGAGUGUGGGAAAGCCUUUACUGACAGGUCAAAUUUCAAUAAACAUCAGACAAUUCAUACUGGAGAUAAACCCUAUAAAUGCAGUGACUGUGGAAAGGGCUUCACCCAGAAAUCAGUUCUCAGCAUGCAUCGCAAUAUUCAUACAUGAAAGUAACCCUGUUUCUUGAAAACAAGAGAGCGUUAUCAUAGAAAUCAGGUUUAAGUGUAUGUCAGAAAAUUCAA